AUGGAGCUUAAAACUGUGACCAAAGGCCAAGAGGUCCGAGAAAGGAGACUUGAUUACAGAAAAGGGGACUACAGGAGGAUAAAAUACUACCUGGGAAAAGUGCAGUGGGAAGAAGAAAUUAAUGGACAAACAGAUGGAGACAAGAGAACAGUGGAGACAAGAGAACAGUGGAGACAAGAGCAGUAUGGGAACAAGAGCACAGUGGAGACAAGAGCACAGUGGAGACAAGAGCACAGUGGAAACAAGAGCACAGUGGAGACAAGAGAACAGUGGAGACAAGAGCACAGUGGAAACAAGAGCACAGUGGAAACAAGAGAACAGUUUAGACAAGAGAACAGUGGAGACAAGAGAACAGUGGAGACAAGAGAACAGUGGAGACAAGAGCACAGUGAAGACAAGAGAACAGUGGAGACAAGAGCACAGUGGAGACAAGAGAACAGUGGAGACAAGAGAACAGUGGAGACAAGAGCACAGUGGAGACAAGAGAACAGUGGAGACAAGAGCACAGUGGAGACAAGAGAACAGUGGAGACAAGAGAACAGUGGAGACAAGAGCACAGUGGGGACAAGAGCACAGUGGGGACAAGAGCACAGUGGAGACAAGAGCACAGUGGGGACAAUACCACAGUGGAGACAAGAGAACAGUGGAGACAAUACCACAGUGGAGACAAUACCACAGUGGAGACAAGAGAACAGUGGAGACAAGAGCACAGUGGAGACAAGAGAACAGUGGAGACAAGAGCACAGUGGAGACAAGAGCACAGUGAAGACAAGAGAACAGUGGAGACAAGAGAACAGUGGAGACAAGAGAACAGUGGAGACAAGAGAACAGUGGAGACAAGAGCACAGUGGAAACAAGAGCACAGUGGAAACAAGAGAACAGUUUAGACAAGAGCACUGUGGAGACAAGAGCACUGUGGAGACAAGAGCACAGUGGAGACAAGAGCACAGUGGGGACAAGAGCACAGUGGAGACAAUAGCACAGUGGAGACAACAGCACAGUGGAGGCAAGAGCACAGUGGAGACAAUACCAGGAGUGUGA